UCAGAGUAGGAAGACUCGUUCAUGCGUCUGGGUUGUAGCAAGGCUUUUUCUUUUCUUUUUCUUUUUUUAUAUCUGGAAAAGGAGAAGCAACAACCCUCAGAUCUGAUUUUUCCCUCCCCGUUCUCGCCCUUGUUUUUUACUGGGUUUGUGCAUUUUAAAGGCGAAAAGACGAGGGGAACAAAACCGCCGGAUCCAUCCAUCAUUGUGGGUGGUUUUAAUUUUUUCGUUUUUCUCUUAUUAGUUUUUUAAAACAACCAAUCUUCACAAUGAACAAACUGUAUAUCGGAAACCUCAACGAGAACGCCGUUCCUUCGGACCUAGAAAGUAUCUUCAAGGACGCCAAGAUCCCGGUGUCGGGACCCUUCCUGGUGAAGACCGGCUACGCGUUCGUGGACUGCCCGGACGAGAGCUGGGCCCUUAAGGCCAUCGAGACGCUUUCAGGUAAAGUGGAACUGCACGGGAAACUCAUAGAAGUUGAGCAUUCGGUCCCAAAAAGGCAAAGGAUUCGGAAACUUCAAAUACGAAAUAUCCCGCCUCACUUACAGUGGGAGGUGCUGGAUAGUUUACUAGUCCAGUAUGGAGUGGUGGAGAGCUGUGAGCAAGUGAACACUGACUCGGAGACUGCAGUUGUAAAUGUAACCUAUUCCAGUAAGGACCAAGCUAGACAAGCGUUAGACAAACUGAAUGGAUUCCAGUUAGAGAACUUCACGUUGAAAGUGGCCUACAUCCCCGAUGAAAUGGCUGCUCAGCAGAAUGCCUCCCAGCAGCCCCGAGGUCGCCGUGGGUUUGGGCAGAGGGGCUCAUCAAGGCAGGGGUCUCCAGGAUCAGUGUCCAAGCAGAAAACGUGUGACUUGCCUCUACGACUGCUGGUUCCCACCCAAUUUGUGGGAGCCAUUAUAGGAAAAGAAGGUGCCACCAUUCGGAACAUCACCAAACAGACCCAGUCUAAAAUUGAUGUCCAUCGUAAAGAGAACGCAGGUGCUGCUGAGAAGUCAAUUACUAUCCUCUCUACUCCUGAAGGCACCUCUGCAGCUUGUAAAUCUAUUCUGGAGAUUAUGCAUAAGGAAGCUCAAGAUAUAAAAUUCACAGAAGAAAUUCCCUUGAAGAUUUUAGCCCAUAAUAACUUUGUAGGCCGACUUAUUGGUAAAGAAGGAAGAAACCUUAAAAAAAUCGAACAAGACACAGACACUAAAAUCACAAUAUCUCCGUUGCAGGAAUUGACGCUGUAUAAUCCGGAACGCACCAUAACAGUUAAAGGCAGUGUUGAAACAUGUGCCAAAGCUGAGGAAGAGAUAAUGAAGAAAAUCAGGGAGUCUUAUGAAAAUGAUAUUGCUUCUAUGAAUCUUCAAGCACAUUUAAUUCCUGGAUUAAAUCUGAAUGCCUUGGGUCUGUUCCCACCCACUUCAGGGAUGCCACCUCCCACCUCAGGGCCCCCUUCAGCCAUGACUCCUCCCUACCCACAGUUUGAGCAAUCAGAAACGGAGACUGUUCAUCUGUUCAUCCCAGCCCUAUCAGUCGGCGCCAUUAUUGGCAAGCAGGGACAGCAUAUCAAACAGCUUUCUCGCUUUGCAGGAGCUUCUAUUAAGAUCGCUCCAGCUGAAGCACCAGAUGCAAAAGUGAGGAUGGUGAUUAUUACUGGGCCUCCAGAGGCUCAGUUCAAGGCUCAGGGAAGAAUUUAUGGAAAAAUUAAAGAAGAAAACUUCGUUAGUCCUAAAGAAGAAGUGAAACUUGAAGCUCAUAUCAGAGUGCCAUCCUUUGCUGCUGGCAGAGUUAUUGGAAAAGGAGGCAAAACGGUGAAUGAGCUCCAGAAUUUGUCAAGUGCAGAAGUUGUUGUCCCUCGUGACCAGACACCCGAUGAGAAUGACCAAGUGGUUGUCAAAAUAACUGGCCACUUCUAUGCUUGCCAGGUUGCCCAGAGAAAAAUUCAGGCAAUUCUGACUCAGGUAAAGCAACACCAACAGCAGAAGGCUCUGCAAAGUGGACCACCUCAGUCAAGACGAAAAUAAAGGCUCAGGAAACAGCCCACCACAGAGGCAGAGAUGCCAAACCAAAGACAGAUGUCUUAACCAACAGAUGGGCGCUGAACCCCUAUCCAGAAUCACAUGCACAAGUUUUUACCCAGCCAGUCGUUUCUUUGAGGACCAGGCAACUUUUGAACUCCUGUCUCUGUGAGAAUGUAUACUUUAUGCUCUCUAAAAUGUAUGACACCCAGCUUUAAAAAGAAUUUAGUGGGGGAGGGAGAGAGAGGAGCUCUGCACUUCCCUUUUGUUCUAUUCUCACCUUGUAACACAUAUUCCCCCAGGAAUUAAUGUUUCCCCCAGUAACGCCAGAGAUUGGUUUAAUGAUGCAAUUGCUAAAUUCAUCAAAUAAAUAAAAACGGUUUGCUCCUAAGUAGAAUUAUCAUAAACGUUAAGCCACUAGCAUAGAAAAACUUUUUAUUUGUAUCUAACACUAACAUGAAUAACCUAAGGGAAGUGCUGAAUGGUGUUGGCAGGGGUAUUAAACGUGCAUUUUUACUCAACUACCUCAGGUAUUCAGUAAUGCAAUGAAAAGCAAAUUUUUUUUUUUUUCUGAAAAUUUUAUAUACUUUAUAAAGAUGAAAGUCCAACCUUUUUUAAAAAAUGAAUUUAAUCAGCUACCAGCUAACAGGCAAAUAACUGAGGAACGAAUUUUACUUCUGGCUGGUGACAGUAAAGUUGGAAAAAUAAUUCAAGGUUUUUUGAGGCUUUUGACAGUUAUUAGCUGGAAAAUCCAAUAUUCAGAGAAACGGAGCAGUGCCUAUGUUUGGAGAGCAGCAGUACCAUUUAUUUUCUUGUUAAUGGUAGGAGAAGUUUCUGAUGGUACUAAUAGAGCAAAGUGGUGGCAGGAGGUUUGGGAACGGCUAGUUUAAAUGGCUUUGGGAGACUUGGGUCUUUUGUUUGGCUACGUGAUUGAAUGCAUAAAUGCUUUGUGCUUUUGACUAUCACUACCUAAGGAAAGUGCACCAGUGAAGAGAUGCAGCCCCUGUGGACUUUAAACUGAUUGGCAAAUAGGAAGCUUCAGCUUGUCUUCCAGAAUGCUUAGUUUGCCAAUACAUUUCAGCCUAAUUGGUCUAUACUUCGAGCGGACAUCAAAAUAAAUGCUUUGUGAAGACUACUGGGGCGGUCAGAGAUGGUAUGACAGUGUUUAAAGGCGCAACAUCUCCGUGUGCCAGGCACUGUCUGUGGGCCUCACUAAGCUAUUUUGAAGAUUUUUUAAACAAUGAUAAAUUAAAAAAUCAAGAAAAAUGAAAGGGCACCUAAAACAUUACCUAAAAUGCAGUGGGAUUUCUUAUACACUAUACAACCAGCUGUUUGAAAGUAAGUCAAAAGGUAGAGAAUACAGAAAAACAACUUUUGGAAUAUAAUUUGAAUGACUGUGAUAAGGUAUUUGCCCUUUGAUAAAUGAAUUUGUUUGCCCAAUCCUUAAUUUGAUGGCAAAGCCCGGUAAGGACAGUUGUGUGGGUGGUCUCCAAGGCCAUGCUGCUCUCUGAGUUGUUUUGAUGUUGCUUUUUGUUCAUAAGAUGAUCACAGUCAUCAUGCUACACUGAUCUGAAGGGCAUUUAUAAUAACCCUUUAAAAAAAUCAUUUUCUCUCAUUUGUAUUUCAAGAUAAAUUUCUACAUGGACUAGAUAAGUUUUUCUGACGAUCAGUAUACUGAUUAGACAUUUUGAAAAUGGCUUGAAAUGUUUUCAGAAAAGCAGUUUAUUUUGUAGUUUUAGCCAAAAAGUGCCCUUUUUUGUCACGGAAUUCAUCUAGCAUUCAUGAUUUGUUUUCAUACAAUGAAUUAAAAUUGCCAAAAAAAAAAAAAA